UCCCUGUGGGAGGCUGAGUCAGCGGAUUGCCUUCUCCAGCAGUCCUGGAGGAACCUGAAUGUUUAUAGGCAUUAAAGCCUGUAUUCAGCUGAAGCAGAACCCCGAAGCCCUUUUGCAUUUCUUGGGUUCAAGAGCAAGACCAGAGGCAAUAACAUGAUGCCAUGGCUAAGAGGACGAGUCCUCAAGGUGCUGAGAAGUGCGCGGGGAUUCUGUGGGCCUCAUGGACAACCACCACCUCUACUUGACCCUCAGGACAUUGUGGCCACCUGGGAAGCAAUCAGCCUGGGGAGGCAGCCAGUGCCUGAGUACUUCAACUUUGCUCACGAUGUACUGGACAUGUGGAGCCAGCUAGAAAAGGCUGGACACAGGCCCCCGAUCCCUGCAUUCUGGUGGGUCAAUGGCACGGGAGCAGAAGUCAAGUGGAACUUUGAGCAGCUGGGGCAGCAGUCCAGGAGGGCGGCGAAUGUGCUAAGGGACACGUGUAGCCUUCAGCCUGGGGACAGGAUGAUGCUGGUGCUCCCGCGGCUCCCUGAAUGGUGGCUGGUCAGCGUGGCAUGUAUACGGACAGGGGCUGUCAUGAUUCCGGGUGUCUCUCAGCUGACGGAGAAGGACCUCAAAUACAGGCUGCAGGCAUCCAGGGCCAAGUCCAUUAUCACCAGUGACUCCCUGGCUCCGCGGGUCGACGCCAUUAGUGCUGACUGCCCCUCCCUUCAGACCAAGCUACUGGUGUCAGACAGCAGUCGGCCAGGCUGGAUGAACUUCAGGGAACUCCUCCGAGAGGCAUCCACAGAACACAACUGUGUGAGGACCAAGAGUCAAGACCCACUGGCCAUCUACUUCACAAGUGGCACUACUGGGGCCCCCAAGAUGGUUGAGCACUCCCAGGCCAGUUAUGGACUGGGUUUUGUGGCCAGUGGAAGGCAUUGGGUGGACUUGACCAAAUCAGACAUCUUCUGGAACACCUCAGACACGGGCUGGGUGAAGGCAGCCUGGACCCUCUUCUCUGCCUGGCCUAAUGGAUCUUGCAUUUUUGUGCAUGAACUGCCCCGAGUUGAUGCCAAGGUUAUUCUGAAUACUCUCUCCAGUUUCCCGAUUACCACCCUCUGCUGUGUCCCCACCAUCUUCCGGUUGCUUGUACAGGAGGAUCUGACCAGGUACCAGUUUCAGAGCCUGAGGCACUGUCUGACCGGAGGAGAGGCCCUGAAUCCUGACGUGAGAGAGAAAUGGAAGAGCCAAGUGGGCCUGGAGCUGCAUGAAGGCUAUGGCCAGUCUGAAACAGUUGUAAUCUGUGCCAAUUCAAAAGGCAUGAAAAUCAAAUCUGGAUCCAUGGGGAAAGCGUCCCCACCUUACGAUGUGCAGAUUGUGGAUGAUGAAGGCAACAUCCUGUCUCCGGGAGAAGAGGGAAAUGUUGCUGUCCGAGUCAGGCCUGCCCGGCCCUUCUGUUUCUUCAGUUGCUAUUUGGACAAUCCUGAGAAGACAGAGGCAUCAGAACGAGGGGACUUUUACAUCACAGGGGACCGAGCCCACAAGGACAAGGAUGGCUACUUUUGGUUCAUGGGACGAAAUGACGAUGUGAUCAAUUCCUCAAGCUACCGGAUUGGGCCUGUUGAAGUGGAAAGUGCCCUUGCUGAGCACCCAGCUGUCCUGGAGGCUGCUGUGGUCAGCAGUCCAGACCCCAUCAGAGGGGAGGUGGUGAAGGCUUUUAUAGUCCUUUCUCCAACUUACUCCUCUCAAGAUCCAGAGAAACUAACUCGGGAGCUCCAGGAGCAUGUGAAGAGGGUGACUGCUCCAUACAAGUACCCCAGGAAGGUGACCUUUGUUUCAGAACUGCCCAAGACGGUUUCUGGAAAGAUCCAAAGGAGUAAAUUGAGAAGCCAAGAGUGGGGGGAGACGAGAGGCAGCCCACGAAAGGCCCCAUAGGCCUCAGAAGCUUCUAAGAGGAGCUGGUGCGAUCACUGGUUAGUCCUUGUUUGGAGCAUCAUCCCUUCCACCUUACAGUAUCAGAGACUUUCAGUUCCAAAUGGGCAUCUCCAGAAUCAUUGGAGGAACCUGGAGGACACUGGAGGAAGAGAGCAGAAGAACAUCACUAACCCAGAGUGCACAUCCACCACCAGUCUAGUGGCGGUGUUUGGUGGCUUGACUUCCCCUUCCUCUGUCUGGAGGCAUCCUCAGCAGCUGCCUACUGGUCUUCCUUCCAGCCGGCUCUCUGAAGGACAGGUCAUCACAGAGUCAGGGCACCUGUGAUCUCAUUCACUGCCCGUUGGAGUAUAACCACUCGACCCUUUUGAUAAAGCCGUUUGGUAAUCACAUCCAGGGUCAUAAAAAAUUGGUCAUAUCCUUUAGCUCAGAAAUUCUGUUUAGCAGUCAUUACAAAAGAAAGGAGUCAGGGGUGCCUGGGCAG